AUGGAGAUACGCUCGGUUGUGGUCACCUUCAAGCAUAUGGCCAAAAAGCAUGAGGAAUUACGAAUCCUGUUAGAAGAAGGAAAGCUUGAUAAUGGGGUGGUAGCUGACAGAUCCCCAGAGCACAUGAGAGUCAUUGAUAAUUGUACGAUUGAGGAUAAGCCUUCGCUAAACUGGGCUGUUGAAGAGAUUUUGGGUAAUCUGAGGGAGAGAAAAAUCAAAAGGAUCGGACUCUGGGGAAUGGUGGGAACUGGGAAAACUAUGGUGAUGCAGAAUCUGAAUAAUAAUAAAGAAGUAAAGAAAAUGCUUGAUAUCGUUAUUUGGGUAUCAGUGUCGAAGGCUUGGAGCAUUGAAAAGGUGCAAGAUGCAAUCACACAGUGUCUCAAGCUAAGAUUGGAGGGCGGAGCGAACGCAGUUGAGACAGCUCAACUUAUAUCAAAUGAGUUGGGAGGUAUGAGGUAUUUACUUCUCCUUGAUGAAGUUUGGGAUCCUUUUGAUUUCCAUGAGAUAGGUAUUCCCAACAAUGAUAAUGACAGCAAGGUGGUAUUUGCUAGUAGAUUCCGUGAUUUGUGCUAUGACAUGGAUGCUGACGAGCUUGUCAAUAUGAAGCAUUUAUCUAAUGCUGAUGCAUAUAAAAUGUUCGAAGAAAAAGUAGGUCGAAAUGUGAAAAAUCCAAGUAUUAUACCAGUAGCACAACUUGUGGUUAGAGAAUGUGCUGGUUUGCCAUUGCUAAUUGAUAAAGUGGCGAGGGUUUUUAGAAAGAAGGACAACAUUCACCUCUGGAGAGAUGGAUUGAAGAGUUUGCAGAGAUGGCCUAGUAUCAAAAUUCAAGGCAUGGAUGAAGUGCUCGAAUUCCUAAAGUUCUGCUAUGAGGAUUUAGAUGGGGAGGAUAAAAAAGUUUUCUUUCUUUAUGGAGCUUUGUUUCCUGAAGACCGUGACAUAUUUGUGGACUAUUUGAUGGAAUGUUGA